AUGGCCGAUGCAGACAAAAUAGUGGUGCUGGGUUCUGACAAGCCCUCCUCAGAAGCCGUGGCCACCUCCCUUCGCUUCGCCGGUCCUUCUCAGUCCGGCUCGUUUUCGCCCGCUAACUAUGGGAGCGAAGCGUCAUCGGGUCCGUCUGAUGGAAAGCCAGAUUCACCAAUCGUGACGUCCCCCGUGUCUGAAAGGAUAAAGGCACUGGAGGCCCUGGCAGCAAAGAAGGAGCCCGAGCCCAAGACCGAUGGAGGCUUGCCUCACUUCAAAGAGCGCCACUAUGAAAAGUCUCCUACUGAGGCGCCGGCAGAGACCACCUCACCCUUCCAGAAAAAAGGAGCCUCCACUGAUCAGGAUUCACCAGAAUCUCCAUUUGAGGUCCUGGGAGAAGCACGGCAAGGGAGUGAGUUUGAAGAUACUGCAGAGUGGAUGAGAGCUCACUUACCCCCUGUGCCUGACUUUGAGGACAAAGUAGAUUUAAGCAAAGAUGCUCUUGUAUUAGAGAAGGAUGGCAAAUCCCAGGAGAUAAAAGGGGCAGAUAAAGUGGUAGCUGAUGUUCCAGAGGCGUUUGCGUGUGUCCCUGAUGCUUUCAUGGACUCUCCCAUCGAAGGGCCUAAACUUAAAAAUGUGUUCAAAGACCCAGCGCAGCAGUCUAGCGUUGAGGAAGAAUCUGAAUUUGACCUGAGCUUCCUACCUACAGCGUACAUGACAGACACCCAAGGCCCCCCUGACCUUGACUCAGAGCUCCCUGCCUCUCCUGCCCCUCCUUCUGGUUUUGACUCUCCCCCUCAACCCCCUCCUUCUGACUCUAACGAGAAGGACUCGAAGACCAAGCAGGCCCCAUGGGGUGGUGAGGUAGUCGAAGUCGACAGCUCAGGAGACUCUGAUGACACUGUCAUUGAGGACGCAGCCUCCAUCCUUGCUCCCUCCAUCCCUGCGCCCUCUUUGACAAGCGAUACUGCACCUGCCCCCAACCCAUCUGUUCCCUCUCUCCCUACUGAAGAAAAGGAAACCCCGCCAGCAAAGCAGCCAAUGCGGGUCCCUACCAUCAAUGUUAUUGAGACAGACGAGCCGAAUUACAGCGAUGAUGAGAUGGAGAUGGAAGUGGAGGAGGAGGAAGAAUGUUCUGAAGUUGUGAAAGAGACACCAAAAAUCCCUGAGCCACAACCAGAUGUAACUAAAAAGGAAUCGUCCAAUAUUCCCCCCUUAGAAUAUGAGGGUUACUCUCCUCCCUCCUCUCCUGUCGACUCUGAUGCUGAAUACUCACCUAAACACAAGAUCUUGAAAUCUGAAUGCGAUACAGAUAACCAAAAGACCACAGCAUCUAAUGAUGGGAUGCAAAGUGCUGCUGUGUCAAAGAGCUCAACUUAUGAGGUGUCACAAGCUCAGAAAGUGGAGUCUGACAAAUCAGAGACCCCCAAUGAGUCUAAUGAAAAGUCUUCCCCAUCCACUGCCAAACCUUCUGAGAAAACCGCAGAGAACAUUUCAGACUUUCCAGACUAUGAUGACGAUGACUGGUCAACUGACGCACAAGAUAUCUUGGUAAAGUCUAGCUCUGCUAACGUUACUGUUCAGGAUCCUCCACUUCACCCCAUAUCCAAGUUUGAAGAGAAGCCCAUGUCUGAUAUUAAAGAGGAUAAUAUGCAGACAGUUGAGUUUUCAAAAUCCAACUACAUGCAGGAUGACACAAUCCGUAAAUCCGACAGACAAUCUUUUGAGGAUGAAGAUGCACUGCCACCCACGGAUGACACCAUUGACGAUAAAGAGCUGAACUUUGACAAUGUACCAGAGCCUUCUCCCUCCGAUCCAACCUCUCCGAUCCAUAUCGAAACACUACUCCCUCAAAACAAUGCAACUACCAUGAUCUCAGAUUUGGAGAAUAUCACCUCGAUGGAUGAAGAAUCCUUCCCCAAGCCAGUCGGGGGCCAGCCUUCUCCCAGGAAGUUUCCCAAAGAUCCAUUCUCCUCUUUCCAGAGCGAACCGCCUGGUAACACCAUGGAGCCCAAGACUGAGAAGAAACCUAACGAUGACAUCAUGGCAGAUAGCAUGGUCAACAGCAAGACUCUCCCACCACAGGAAGCUGGGUUGGAGAAGGACAGUAAAGCAGGACACCAUUCACCAGACAAUACCAGUGACCCAGAAAGCAUUGAGCCGGACUGCUCUGUCUCUGGUGCCACAGACAGCUUCGUCGAGUUCAUGAGGGAGUGCCUGAAGUCACGACAGGACGAAGAUCCAGAAGACCUCCGUCAAGGUCUCACAGGCAAGGAUGCGUGUCUUCAAACGGGCACUCCUCCCUCCCAGUCCACACCAACCAUGGUUAUGGAUCUGGAGCAGGAACGCCUCACUAUCAAAGCCCUUAAAGAGUUAGGCAGCAGCCAAGAAGAGGAGGAUGACCUUCAGUCUAGUAUCAAGGCCUCUGAAAAAUCCCAGUCUUCCUUCACCUCAACAACCUCCGACCAUCCUUCUCCCCAAAACAAACCUGCGUCCGACAGCGCGUAUUCCAAAGAGGUAGAGGCCAUCGACGUGUGGGUGGCCGAGGCCUACCACCUUGCAGAGCAUGUCUUGGCAGCAAUACUAACGCACUUGUCAGGUAACAUGAAUUCCCUCUGGGCUCUAUGCCUGCUAACCUCACGCAAGCAUAGCACAAUGACCACACUCUUCCCCCCUCUCACUUGCACCUUUCUCCCAGCUUGUGGUCCUCCUAUUCAAAGUGUGAGUACACUAACUAUAUAACACAUGGUUGCAUGUGUCUGAGAAUCUGGAUAACACCAUUUAGAUUUUUAAAUUUUUUCUGAUACAGUAUUACUUAUGUGCCAGACUGAAAUCUGGCUCUUACAGUCAAGCCUUCUGAAGGUCUCCACGUUCACAUACCGAUUGCAGUUGUCACAUAAGUAAAGGGUCAAACUAUAUUGUACUGGGUGGUGUGUGUGAACAUGUCAGCUGUAUGUAUUCUAAAACGAUCCCCUCCCUGUUUGAGGCUUUGACCCUGUCCUACCCCCCCCCCCCCCCCCCCCCCUCCCCACUACUUGGUAGUAAUCAUGGUCGGACAGUGGGUGGUGGGGAGUUCAAACAUGGUGUUCUGGUGUCUGCUUGCAAUGCCCCUGGAUGUCAGGUGGAACAGUCGAUCCACCAGUGUUGGGUUUCUGCUUUGGUGCAACUUUCCACACUACACUGCACUUACACAGGACAGGCGACGAUCAUUCCAGAGACGCAUUUAAGGCGCAGACUUUACUUAACCUUUUAUGAUGGUCAUCAUUCAUUAUUAUCGACGAGCUGGAUUGGAUGUUACAAAAGCAUGACCAGACGCCCUAGAGGAACUGCAAAAAAUAAUAGCUUAAUCGUGCUUUGUCCAACUCCUCUGACUAACGUUGCCAUGCCAGUGUGAGUUGGCAAAAGCACAUACAGAUGGGACCAGGCUAGGGGGCAUUGCUCCUCUUAUUUUGUGUGACAAAUGUCACUAGGCUCAGAGGCAGAGUGCCAACCACAGUAAUUAGCUAGAUGUCAUAAGAGCUUUUAGUGCCCUUUUCGUCAUCUCCUCUUGAGCCUUGUCACAGCCCUCCCACCCUCCCUAGAAUAUUAGAUUUUUCUUGUGACCUUCCUUGAUUUUAAUGGUGCAAAGGACACAGUAAAUACACGUUAUAUACACUGAACAAAAAUAAAACGCAACAUGUAAAGUGUUGGUCCCAUGUUUCAUGAUCUGAAAUAAAAUAUCCCAGAAAUCUUCCAUACGCACAAAAAGCUUAUUUCUCUCAAAUGUUGUGAACAAAUUUGUUUACAUCCCUGUUAGUGAGCAUUUCUCCUUUGCCAAGAUAAUCCAUCCAUCUGACAAGUUUUGCAUAUAAAGAAGCUGAUUAAACAGCAUGAUCAUUACACAGGUGCACCUUGUGCUGGGGACAAUAAAAGGCCACUCUAAAAUGAGCAGUUUUGUCACAACACAAUGUCACAAAUGUCUCAAGUUUUGAGGAAGCGUGCAAUUGGCAUGCUGACUGCAGGAAUGUCCACCAGAGCUGUUGCCAGAUAAUUGAAUGUUCAUUUCUCUACCAUAAUCUGCCUCCAAUGUCGUUUUGGAGAAUUUGGCAGUACUUCCAACCGGCGUCACAACCGCAGACCAUGUGUAACCACGCCAGCCCAGGACCUCCACAUCCGGCUUCUUCACCUGCGGGAUUGUCUGAGACCAGCCACCCAGACAGCUGAAGAAACUGUCUGUUUGCACAAACAAAGAAUUUCUGCACAAACUGUCAGAAACCGUUUCAGGGAAGCUCAUCUGCAUGCUCGUCAUCUUCACCAGGGACUUCACCUGACUGCAGUUCAGCGUCGUAACCGACUUCAGUGAGCAAAUGCUCACCAUCGAUGGCCACUUGCAAGCUGGAGACGUGUAUUCUUCUCUUGGAUGAAUCCCAGUUUCAACUGUACCGGGCAGAUUGCAAACGGCGUGUAUGGCGGUGUGUGGGCGAGCGGUUUGCUGAUGUCAAAGUUGUGAGCAGAGUGCCCCAUGGUGUCGGUGGGGUUAUGGUAUGGGCAGGCAUAAGCUACGGACAACAAACACAAUUGUAUAUGGCAAUUUGAAUGCACAGAGAUACCGUGACGAGAUCCUGAGGCCCGUUGUCGUGCCAUUCAUCCACAGCUAUCACCUUAUGUUUCAGCAUGAUAAUGCACGUCCCCAUGUCACAAGGAUCUGUACACAAUUCCUGGAAGCUGAAAAUGUCCCAGUUCUUCCAUGGCCUGCAUACUCACCAGACAUGUCACCCAUUGAGCGUGUUUGGUAUGCUCUGGAUUUAUGUGUACGACCACGUGUUCCAGUUCCCGCCAAUAUCCAGCAACUUCACACAGCCAUUGAAGAGGAGUGGGACAACAUUCCACAGGCCACAAUCAACAGCCUGAUCAACUCUGCGAAGGAGAUUUGCCGCGCUGCAUGAGGGAAAUGGUGGUCACAACAGAUACUGACUGGUUUUCUGUUCACGCCCCUACCUUUUUUUUUUUACCAACCGAUGCAGUUCUGUAUUCCCAGUCAUGUGAAAUCCAUAGAUUAGGGCCUAAGGAAUUUUUUUCAAUUGACUGAUUUCCUUAAAUGAACUGUAACUCUUUAAAAUCUUUGAAAUUGUUGCAUGUUGCCUUUCUAUUUUUGUUCAGUGUAAAAAGCUUGAAUAUGGCUCUUAUCUGAGCUUCAUCUAGUUUAUAUAUCACAUCUGCCAAUAUAACAUGCCUUAUCAAUGCUGCCAUUAUUACCUACUGGCUUACAAGAUGUUACAUAUACUCUAAAAACACACUAGGUCACAGCUUACUAUACAUUUUGUGUAAUCGUCGUCUGUGAUUUGAUUUACCCCAAGGCAGAGUGGCCCUCUAAUUCUAAUUCACAGUGUAGAAUUGAAGCAGAUCAGCUCCCCCCAAUAGGGGACCCCUUCCGAUGCUAUGCCCGCUCAGUGCAAACAUGAAAUCCAAACCUGACACACAUAUAAACUGGUAUGCAGACAGGAGUGAAGGCAGGAUGCCUGACGCAUGGACUCAAACAAACACGUUCAUGUGCUGCGAGCGUAACCUACACCACGGGCACGCUAUGGAACUGUAGGUCGUCGCUGAGGCAACCAGUAACUAGGGGAAAGUGUACGCCAUGCAGGAGUCGUGGAGGGAAUUAUAAUGAAGUAUUACAGUUAGCUACUGUUUGAGAGGUGCUUUAGGACAAUGCAUAUAGAUGGUGUAGGGCAUAUCUUCUAACAUAUCAGACAAUAAUGCACUAUAAAUUAUUUUUACUAGUGGUUUCUGUAUACCUAAAGACCAAAAUUCAAGUAGCAUAGCUUACAUUUGGGGGGUUAUUUCCCCUCAAUCUGCUACAAUCUGCUCUUUAAGUGCCCCGUUUCCCUCUUGAACCUUGUCCUUUCCCUCAGCCACCAACCAUUCUAUUUUAGUCAUCCUUCCGCAGUGUUGCUGCCUCAACUCAGUGGGUAAUUAGGCGGGGUAUGUCUGGCUAGGUGAGUUAAGAUUACUUUAGUGGGUGUAACUACCUGUUUUAGUUGGCUUGGCUCCAUUGAUAAUGCAGCAUGGUCAUAACAGUUCUCCCUCAAAAGGUAUGAAUCAGUCAUCCUCCCAAAUAGGGUACACAUUUAAACUGUGGCCAGAAAAAGCUCUUCUCUCUUGGGCUAGUUAGAAUAUCUUGACUUGCUGCCAGGCCUUUAAAGAUCAGUUCAAAUCUGGCAGUCCAAUUGUAGUAGGAAGAUUUGUGUUAAUCCUGUGUGUGUGUGUGUGUGUGUGUGUGUCUUUAGACUAGGACUGGGAGGGAUAGGGCGGGGACCAGCCAGGCAUUGUCAGUCGGGAGGGAGUGGAUCAUGUGAAUACUUGAAUCAGACUUAUCCACCCAUGCCAAUGUGUGUAAUCACCUAUGGUAUUUGACUUGCUUAAUGAAGCUUUAGAAGCUGGUUUAGCUUUGCAGGAGUAAAACAUUGAAAUCUGUUGCCAGGCUAUGUUGUAAUGGGGUCACACACAUUGACGCAAAUAGACGCGCGCGCACACACACACCCACACACUGGCAAUGUGGUGUGGUGCCUGUACCUUUAAGAGCUGCUAACUGCACAGUGAGGUAGAAAGCAGGCCACUGCGGCUCUGCUGCCACUGGGACUCGCUGCAAGAUCUGGGGCCUAUAACGCAGAGAGGGUGGGAGGGAGGGAGUGAUGGUUAACGAGGGCCGUCAGCCCAGGCUGCCUCCCUGUGGGUACCAGCAAAGCAUGCUGGGAGGGACUCAGACCCCUGCAGCGCUGGGUGAGGAAACCCCACUCAUUCACUGAGCACUGCUCACCAGCCAGCCAGGCAGCAUCAGGAACAAUAGAGUGCUGUCUGUGUUCUGCUACAAGAGGGGCGCUGCUUCUCUGCUCUGUCAGGAUGACUUGUCUGUAAACAUGUUUUUUUUUUUCACUGUGUCAAGCAGCUGUGCUGCACAUUUGAACUGAUACACAAUAUUGCUCCUAACUCGAUAUUGUAGUAUAUUUGGAACAUUUUGAUAUUUAAUGGAGAUUUUGAUUUUUGAAACAUAAAAAUAAAAAUGUAUGCCUGCGGAGGAGCAGUGCUUGUGAAUUAAGACUAUUUUGUUUAUUUUUAUUACAUUUGAUGUAGCAAACUAAACUAAAUUGGAGGAAGGGUAAAAGAGGACUAUGAUAAACCAAGUUUCCUCAUUUAUUCACUCAAUCCUCCCUCGUUCAAUAAACCCCACAUAGUUGUCUAGAAUUGGAAAUAUUUUUAUCAGUUACAAUUACUGAAGCCUAUAUGGUGAGUGAGCAUUUUAAUCAUGUAAAACUAACCAGCUGCAGUGUAGCCUAAUUACACAACACAAUCCUGUCACUAACAGGAUAUAGAUAAGUGAUUCUGUUGUGGUUUUUCGCCUCUACUCAAUCUCAUGUAAGUGAGUGCCUCUACUAUGUGCAGCCCUGGAUUCAUUCCUAUUGCCCUUCUGUAACAGCCCCACGACGCAGCUGCUUACAAGCUCAUAACAUAUGGUGAAAUUAAUCGUAGCUGCCUUUUUUGACUCGGUAGGCCUGUAGAUGUGACAUGCUACAUCUCCUCAGUGUCUGUAUGUGGGACCAGAUGAUGCAGAGCUGCAGUGGCUCCCUCUCAGCUGUGCAUUACAUGUUAGUGGAGCAUGAGUCACAUACACAGCAGAGUUAGGUAAUGGUGGACGAACAGUGUGCCAGGUAGCGGGUGUGUGUGUGUGUGUGUGUCUCUGUGUGUCUCUGUGUGCCUUUGUAUGUCUGUUUGUGUAGCCUAUGCACAGGGCUAGAACGAUUUGGGUAGAAGCAGUGCUCUGUCAAGCACAGUGUGGGAUGAACAAAAUUGGGGGUGAAAGGAACGAAGUGGUAAAAAGUGGGCGUGUCCGUUCCCUACGGUUUCUCUAAGCACUUUUCUUGGUAGUCAGCCAAGCCUGCCACCAUGGUGUCAAAAACGUAGAAAAGCCUUCGGGGGGGGGGGGGGGGGGAGAGUUAGCAAAACAACAGAGACGCCAACAGAAUUUCCUCUGUGUGGUUGCAUUAAUGGAUCCUCUGUAGAGUGAGGGGAGUGGGAGGGUUGUUGUGUAUGCCUUGCUUUCUCUCCCCCUUAAUUGGCUGAAACGCACAGCAGCCAAGGUCUGGAGCCCCAAGAGGCAUAGUCCCACGUGGAGUCAGCCAUUUACACAAGGUUUCUUUAAAUGCCCCCUUUUCAUGCAAAGGAGGGAGGAUAUUUAAGUGCGCCAUAAAAGGGUUGCGUAACAGCACUGUAUAGGGAAUAUCAGUUCAAUUCGUAUAUACACACACACAAACAUGUACAGGGUUGUGGGAGCAGGUAUGAUAACACAGUGUCUAAUGCAUUCUGUAUACAGUAUGUUAUUCUUAGACUAGUUGCCAGAGGGGGAAAACACAGCAUUUUUUAUAGGUUGGCGGUUGGAGAUUACCAUUUGCUAGUCUUGUAUUCCAAAUGUGUGUUGUGCAAUAAGCAACUUGAAUUCUUCGCUCUUGUCUCCCCCCUAAUCUCAUAAACAAUAAUGCCCUCUCACCCACUUUCCACACACUAAAACAUGCACUCAUACAAACACACAUUUUCCUUCCAUAAACACACACACCUUUUCUCCUACACCCUUUCUUUCACCCACUCUAGUCAAGGAUUUGGUGCACUGGCGAGACCCCAAGAAGUCGGGCGUGGUGUUCGGCCUGUCCCUGCUGACGCUCCUGUCCCUGGCGGCGUUCAGCGUCAUCAGCGUGAUCUCCUACCUGCUCCUCGCCCUUCUCUGUGUCACCAUCACCUUCCGCAUCUACAAGUCCGUCGUCCAAGCCGUGCAGAAGUCCAAUGAUGGACACCCCUUCAAGUAAGGCAGCACACUCCAUAUGGAAACUUGUGAUGCUACUAAGUCUUGUAUUCAUUUGGCUAUUAGAACGAAUGUGGAAAAAGCCAGUGGUAAGAGGUUGCUUGGUAGGAGUGGUUGUUUUGACAAAAUGUCUACCUGAGUAGUCUGACUAGGGCCAUGAGUUUUUUCUCACCACAUGACCAGGAAAAUAUAAAUUCCCUAUUUAUAGGUUAUCGUUGUUCCCAUUGCUGUUUUUAGUACCAUGACUUCGUCUUCAUCAUAGUAUUUUUAGGCGCCAAUGGGAAAUGACUAUCUGCUGAAAUCCUUCCAAAUGAAAAAAUGCAAAGCUCCAGCAGGAUGUUUGUGCUUGUCAUCACAACCCCUGCCUGAGUGACUCAUUUCCUGCUGGUUUUAUUAAUAGAAACAACCUUUAUGGUCCAGUCAGAGCCUGAGGGGGGGCGUAUUUCAGUACAGAGCAGCACAGCCCAGUCAAACACAGAAUGAUGACUUCUUAUUUAUUUAUUUUACCCUUAUUUUACCAGGUAAAUUGACUGAACACAUUCUCAUUUACAGCAACUUCUACAAUGUACACUGAGUAUACAAAACAUUAAGAACACCUUCCUAGUAUUGAGUUGCACCCCCCACCCCCCCGCCCUCAGAACAGCCUCAAUUCGUCGGGGCAUGGACUCUACAAGGUGCUUCCCACAGUUGUGUCAGGUUGGCUGGAUGGCCUUUGGGUGGUGGACUAUUCUUGAUACACACGAGAAACUGUUGAGUGAGAAAAACCCAGCAGCGUUGCAGUUCUUGACACAAACCAGUGGCACCUACUACCAUACCAUGUUCAAAGGCACUUAAAUAUUUUGUCUUGCCCAUUCACCAUCUGAAUGGCACACACACACACAAUCCAUGUCUCAAUUGUGUUAAGGCUUAACAAUCCUUCUUUAACCUGUCUCCUCCCUUUCAUCUACACUGAUUGAAGUGGAUUUAACAAGUAAAAUCAAUAAGGGAUCAUAGCUUUCACCUGGAUUCACCUGGUCAGUCUGUCAUGGAUAGAGAAGGUGUUCUUAAUGUUUUGUACACUCAGUGUAUGCCUGAAAACAACUCCUUGAGUAGAAAAAAGCUAACUAGUGAAAUCAUCAAAUCCAGUGAAUUGAUCAAAUUAUAAAAUGAAAGCAGCUUGGUUGGUUUAGCUGAUUAGUACUUCUUAGCAGGUUAGCAUUACACGAUCAAAUAAAAGCCAUUGUUAGAUUUGACGUGUAGCAGGUUAGCCUGAUUGAGUUCACAGCUUCACACUUCUGCUGUGGUUGGUUCUCUUCAGGGCUCUGAUGGAGAAGGAUGUCAGCAUUCCCCCCGAGACCUUCCGCAAGCACGUGGACGUCAGUCUGACCUACAUCAACCGAUUCCUCAAACAGAUGAGCAAACUCUUCCUGGUCGAGGACAUCAUCGACUCCCUAAAGGUGGGUUUAGGUGUCUGUCCAGCUGCCUGUAUCUGAGCCUCUGCCCAUGAUGGAUGUGUUGGUGGACCAGUGAUCCAUUCCAUCGUACCCUGGUGUGUGCGCAUUGUUUUGCCUUUUACCUUGUUCAUAAAUAGACGUACACAACCCUAAAGAAGGUAUUAGACAAAACAGUCCUAAACAAGUGACAAUCCUGACUUGUUCCCAUAGGCCUCUGUCUAUUCUCUCCCCCUUAAACUCUCCUCUCCUCUUUUUAUAACUCUCACACACUAUGGAAGACACUACACAAGCCCUGGCUUAGCACCGCAGCCAUCCGAUAGCGGCUAGCUAGCUGACCCAGAAUGCAGCUCACAGCUAGCACUCUGUGGAGCGAGGGGAGGGGAGGGAAGAGAAGAGACGAGAAGAGAGGAGGAGGAGAGACGAGAAGAGAGGAGGAGGAGAGCCACUGCCAGUGUAACACUUUAUUAUAGCCCAGCCAACCAGACAUACCAAGAUUACUGUUGCUGGUCGAUCCCACGGCCACUCAUGCAGGGUUAAUGCUCCCUAUUGUGGCUCCACUCCCAGCCUUUGAAGUUAACAUUCCAUCCCUUCUGUCACGCCCUGGCUCUGGGGACUCUUAUAUGUUGAGCCAGGGUGUGUAGGUUUCUAUGUUAUAGUUUUCUAUGUUGUGUUCUAGAUCGUUUAGUUUCUAUGUUGGCCAGGGUGGUUCCCAAUCAGAGACAGCUGUAGCUUGUUGUCUCUGAUUGGGGGCAAUACUUAGGCAGCCUGUUUGGCACAGUUUAUUGUUUGUGUUCAACCAAGGACUUCACGUAUCAUUUGUUUUGUUGUUUUGAUUCGUGUUGUACAUUUAAUAAAGAAUGUACGCGUAUCACGCUGCGCCUUGGUCCGCUUCAUCUAACAACGAUCGUGACAGAAGAUCCCACCUCGACUGGAUCAAGCAGCGUGACGAGGAGAGAGGAUGGACCUGGGAGGAGAUGAGUGAGAGUCUGGCAAGAGGGAUGGAGGCCAUGAGCACGGGGGAGAGACAAGCCCAAAAAAAUUUUAGGGGGGCUCACGCCGUAGACAACGAGGCAGCAGGAGGCCACGAUAGAGCGGUUCAGCCGGUUAGCAGAGGAGGCCGCUAGGUUACGGGGGCCACUGGUCAUGAGGGAGAAGGAGAGUGUGGAGGCACGGCGAGAGGAACUGAGUAGGCAGUAGAGGGAGCGGAGGUUUAUGAGGAAACCCAGUCCCGCUCCUCGCACCAAGUAAGUGGUUUGUGUCACCAGUCCGGUCCGGCCCGUUCCUGAUUCCCGCACAAGGCCAGUGGUGUGUGUUCCCAGUACGGUCAGGUCCGUUCCUGCUCCCCGCACUAAGCCUGUAGUGCGCGUCGCCAGCACGGUCCGGCCUGUUCCUGCUCCCCGCACCAAGCCUGUGGUGCGCGUCGUCAGCCCGGUCCGGCCUGUUCCUGCUCCCCGCACCAAGCCAGUUGUGCGCGUCGCCAGCCCGGUCCGGCCCGUUCCUGCUCCCCGUACCAAGCCUGUGGUGCGCGUCGCCAGCCCGGUCCGGCCCGUUCCUGCUCCCCGCACCAAGCCAGUGGUGCGCGUCGCCAGCCCGGUCCGGCCCGUUCCUGCUCCCCGCACCAAGCCUGUGGUGCGCGUCGUCAGCCCGGUCCGGCCCGUUCCUACUCCCCGCACCAAGCCAGUGGUGCGCGUCGCCAGCCCGGUCCGGCCCGUUCCUGCUCCCCGUACCAAGCCUGUGGUGCGCGUCGCCAGCCCGGUCCGGCCCGUUCCUGCUCCCCGCACCAAGCCAGUGGUGCGCGUCGUCAGCCCGGUCCGGCCCGUUCCUGCUCCCCGCACCAAGCCAGUGGUGCGCGUCGCCAGCCCGGUCCGGCCCGUUCCUGCUCCCCGCACCAAGCCAGUGGUGCGCGUCGUCAGCCCGGUCCGGCCCCUUACCUGCUCCCCGCACCAAGCCAGUGGUGCGCGUCGUCAGCCCGGUCCGGCCCGUUCCUGCUCCCCGCACCAAGCCAGUGGUGCGCGUCGUCAGUCCGGCACGGUCCGUGCCUGUUCCACCCAGGCACCGGGUGGUUUCUAUGUUAUAGUUUUUCUAUGUUGUGUUCUAGAUCGUUUAGUUUCUAUGUUGGCCAGGUGGUUCCCAAUCAGAGACAGCUGUAGCUGUUGUCUCUGAUUGGGGACCAUACUUAGGCAGCCUGUUUGGCACAGUUUAUUGUGGGAUCUUGUUCCGGAAGGUUUGUGUUCAACCCAGGACUUCACGUAUCGUUUGUUUUGUUGUUUUGAUUCGUGUUGUACAUUUAAUAAAGAAUGUACGCAUAUCACGCUGCGCCUUGGUCCGCUUCAUCUAACAACGAUCAUGACACCUUCCCUAGCUGGAGGUAGAAGUAGCGCCUAACCACAGAUCUAGGAUCAGAUUAUCCUACCUCCCAUGCCAUAGCCUAAACCAGCAAUUGGAUUAGAAAAUAUUACAAUAUUUGACCCUAGAACAGAUGUUAAGGGACAACUUCUUCCUAAUCCUCCCACUCCUGAGUAUGGAUACCAUGGGUAUGUAUAAACCGAGGAUGAAUUGGGUAGGAUGCAACUGUACCGAACAUUCCGAUAGAAAUGUAAUGCAUAGAGAUGACACGAUUCCCUAUUCCACAUGACAGAAAACCAUGCCUGUUCUACAUUUCACUCUGCAACAUUUGAACCACUUCACCCCUCUGAAUAGGCGCCAGGCACACAGUGUUCUAAUCAUUGACUUAAUAUGGCAUCAUUGGCUCUAACCCGGGUCUGUUUUCUUCUUCUCCCAGCUGGCUGUAGUGAUGUGGCUGCUGACCUACGUAGGAGCUGUCUUCAACGGCAUCACCAUCUUCAUCCUGGGUAAGAGGCUACCGCAGCACUAA